CUCUUCUCCGCCGUGCUAGACACCCUAUACGCAGCAGCCCAUCCAGCGGUUUCUACUCUUCGCGCUUCAAGGUAUGGCUGGUAUCCGCCUUUCACGCAGACUGCAUCUGGCCCAUCCCCGGUCGGCCCUGUACCCCCGACUGUUCUCUUCCUCCGCCUUCAGAAUGUCGAGCCAGUCAUACCGCGUAGAGCGCGACACCUUCGGUGAAUUGCAGGUCCCGGCGGAUCGGUAUUGGGGUGCACAGACUCAGCGCUCUCUCCAGAACUUUGACAUUGGUGGGCCAACUGAAAGACUCCCCCCUCCCCUGAUCAAGGCGUUUGGUGUGCUGAAGAAAGCCGCGUCCGUGGUGAAUGUGAGCUAUGGCAUGGACCCCAAGAUCGGACAGGCAAUUCAGCAAGCAGCCGAUGAAGUGAUCUCCGGCAAGCUGCUUGACCACUUCCCCUUGGUGGUAUUCCAGACCGGAAGUGGAACACAGAGUAACAUGAAUGUUAACGAGGUUAUCUCCAACAGGGCGAUCGAAAUUCUCGGCGGAGAACUUGGCUCUAAGAAGCCCGUUCAUCCCAACGACCACGUCAACAUGAGCCAAAGCAGUAACGACACAUUCCCCACCGCUAUGCAUGUUGCUGCUGUAGUGGAGAUCACCAAUAGCUUGAUUCCAGCUCUUACUGAAUUGCGUGAUGCUCUGGCAGAGAAGGCUCAGGCAUUUGACAAAAUCAUCAAAAUCGGCCGAACACAUCUUCAGGAUGCUACUCCCCUGACCCUUGGCCAGGAGUUCAGCGGAUAUGUGCAGCAAGUGUCGAACGGAAUUGAACGGGUGAAAGGUGUCCUUCCGCGCCUCAGCCUCCUUGCUCAAGGAGGCACCGCUGUCGGCACGGGGCUGAACACCAAGAAGGGCUUUGACGUGAAGGUCGCUGCCGAGAUCUCGAAGAUCACUGGCAUCGAAUUCAAGACCGCUCCAAACAAGUUCGAAGCACUUGCUUCACAUGACGCUCUUGUAGAGGCACAUGGUGCUUUGAAUGUUGUCGCGGUUUCAUUGAUGAAGAUAGCCAACGAUAUCCGGUUCCUUGGAUCUGGGCCUCGAUGCGGUCUCGGGGAGCUGGCUCUGCCUGAAAAUGAGCCCGGUAGCAGUAUCAUGCCCGGAAAAGUGAACCCCACUCAAUGUGAGGCAAUGACAAUGGUCGCUGCCCAAGUAAUGGGCAACCAGGUUGCUGUCUCAGUCGGUGGUUCCAACGGUCACUUCGAGUUGAACGUGUUCAAACCCGUAAUCGCAAAGAACGUUCUCCAAAGCAUCCGAUUAUUAUCCGACGCAUCUCGUUCGUUCACCAAGAACUGCGUCGUGGGUAUUCAGGCGAACGAGAAACGCAUUGGACAAUUAGUGAACGAGUCGCUAAUGCUGGCCACGAUCCUCAACAAGACACUUGGCUAUGACAACGUCGCCAAGUGCGCUAAGAAGGCGCACAAAGAAGGCACCACGUUGAAGGAGGCUACCGUCUCUUUAGGAUUCCUAACACCGGAGGAGUUCGACGAGAAAGUUCGUCCCGAGCUCAUGUUGCACCCCGAUGAGGAGUAAGCGGUCCUGCCAGUGGUUGUGUUUCUGUCGAGCACAGAGGAGCGCGAGGAUAGCUAGAAACUGCUGUACAUGGGUUAAUACAGAUAUACGAUACCUUAGCGAAGUAACAAUGUCACGGCGUCAGCAAUCAUGCAAGGUGCAGGCUCGAAAUGAGCUAAAGCGUACGC